AUGAGUGUUCCUCCUAUUCGGUUUAAGUGCACAAUGAACAAUACGAUUCUUGAUGUCCUGAGAAACCGAGGGUGGAUUGAGGUUCUCAGAGAAGAAGAAUGCGAUUUCUUUUGGUGUGAUCCCAUGACGAUGAAGGAAUUAUUCGAUCAUGGAUUAAUGGGUAAUAUAAUAAAGAUUUGUCACUUUCGGAAUCACUUUGAGCUUACACGUAAAAAUUUGAUGGUCAAAAAUUUGAAACGUCUAAAGCGUAAAUGGGAGAAAGAAUACAGUAAACAAGAAGGGCAAAUAUUGGACUUUUUUCCAACAACUUUUGAACUUCCAAUGGAAUACCAUAUGUUUAUUGAAGAAUUUCGUAGAUGUCCUGGUUCUAUAUGGAUAAUGAAACCUGUUGCUAAAUCACAAGGCAAAGGAAUAUUUCUUUUUCGUAAAUUAAAGGAUAUUGAAGCAUGGAAGCGUACUGGAAUGAAAUGUGAACAACAAACUGUUGGGGAUGCUCCGAACCGAGAACUGCCUGAAACAUACGUUGUCUCACGAUAUGUGACUAAUCCAUAUUUAUUGUGUGGUCGUAAAUUUGAUUUACGUGUAUAUGUUCUUGUUACAUCUUUCAAUCCACUAAAAGUUUGGGUUUACAGAGAUGGAUUUGCCCGCUUUUCUAACACGAGAUUUUCGCUAGAUUCUAUUGAUGACCAAUAUAUACAUUUGACAAAUAUUGCUGUACAAAAAACUGCUCCUGAUUAUGAUGCUGAAAAAGGUUGUAAAUGGUCUAUUGGUCGGUUACGUCGACAACUCUUAGCUAAAUAUGGAUAUCAAAAAAUUGCUGAAUUAUUUCAUCAAAUCGAUGUGAUAUUUAUUGGUAGUUUAUUAAGUGUACAAAAGAUUAUUAUCAAUGAUAAACGUUGUUUUGAAUUAUAUGGAUAUGAUAUAUUAAUUGAUAAUAAUUUAAAACCAUGGUUAUUAGAAAUUAAUGCUAGUCCUUCAUUGACAGCUUCUUCUAAAGAAGAUUAUAUAUUAAAAACUAAUCUUUUGGAUGAUAUGCUAGACGUUGUAGACUUGGAGGGUCGUUUGACAGGUUUUGAGAAACGUGUUGGCGAUUUUGAUCUAAUCUGGGAUGAUGGUCCUAUUCCUCCUACGUCUGAUACUACAGAAGGUUGGUUGAUCGAUGCAUUGAAUAUCAUAAACCUGUCUAAUUCAGAAAGACCAUCGGAGUCAUUACAUGUGUUCGGACCUAAUGGACUACCUAGACUUAAUUCAUUUCUUGGAUGUACUUCAACUCAAACAGCCAGAUAUAAGUUGAACUCUAAAUGUUAGUUUCUGAACAAUAAUACAAAGGUACUAGG